AUGAGUUGUCAGAUCUCGUGCAGAUCUCGCAGAGGAGGCGGCGGCGGCGGAGGAUACCGGGGCUUCAGUAGCGGCUCCGCUGUGGUCUCCGGGGCUAGCCGGAGAUCGACCUCGGGCUUCUCCUGCCUGAGCCGCCAUGGAGGUGGCGGAGGGGGCUACGGUGGAGGCGGCUUUGGCAGUCGGAGUCUUGUUGGCCUUGGAGGGACCAAGAGCAUCUCCAUAAGUGUGGCUGGAGGAGGUGGAAGUUUUGGCUCCGGUGGUGGAUUUGGUGGCAGAGGAGUCGGUUUUGGAGGCGGCAGUGGCUUUGGAGGCGGCAGCGGCUUUGGCGGCGGAGGUUUCGGUGGAGGCAGUGGCUUUGGCGGCGGCAGCGGCUUCGGAGGUGGCGGUUUUGGUGGAGGCCGCUUUGGAGGUCCUGGUGGCUUUGGAGGCUUUGGGGGUCCUGGUGGCCCUGGUGGUUCUGGCCCUGGAGGAUUCCCUGGUGGUGGCAUCCACGAAGUCUCUGUCAACGAGAGUCUCCUGCAGCCACUCAACGUGAAAGUUGACCCAGAAAUCCAGAACGUGAAGUCUCAAGAGCGGGAGCAGAUCAAAACUCUCAACAACAAAUUUGCUUCCUUCAUCGACAAGGUCCGUUUCCUGGAGCAGCAGAACCAGGUGCUGCAGACCAAAUGGGAAUUGCUGCAGCAAAUAGAUGUGAGCUCCAGGACCACCCACCUAGACCCCAUCUUCCAAGCCUAUAUCAGUAUGCUCAAGAAACAAGUGGAUGGGCUUAAUGCAGAAAGAACCUCGCAGAAUUCAGAGCUGAACAACAUGCAAGAUCUUGUGGAGGAUUUUAAGAAGAAGUAUGAGGAUGAAAUCAACAAGCGUACAGCGCUCGAGAAUGAUUUUGUGACACUUAAAAAGGAUGUGGACAAUGGAUACACGAACAAGGUGGAUCUGCAGAUCAAUGUGGACUUACUCACCCAGGAGAUUGAGUUCCUGAGAACACUCUAUGAGGCGGAAGUGUCUCAGCUUCACCAGACGAUCACUGACACCAACGUCAUCCUCUCCAUGGACAACAACCGCAGCCUGGACCUGGACAGCAUCAUUGCUGAGGUUCAGGCCCAGUAUGAGGAGAUUGCUCAGAGAAGCAAGGACGAGGCAGAGGCCCUGUACCAUAGCAAGUAUGAGGAGCUCCAGGUCACUGCAGGGAGACAUGGMGAGAGCCUGAAAGAGCUCAAGAUGGAGAUCAGCGAGCUGAACCGCAUGAUCCAGAGGUUGCAAGGGGAGAUCUCACACGUGAAGAAGCAGUGUAAGAGUGUGCAAGAUGCCAUUGCAGAUGCUGAGCAGCGUGGAGAAAACGCCCUCAAAGAUGCCAAGAACAARCUCACAGAGCUGGAGGAGGCCCUGCAGCAGGCCCGGGAGGACCUGGCCCGGCUGCUGCGUGACUACCAGGAGCUGAUGAACACCAAGCUGGCCCUGGACGUGGAGAUUGCCACCUACCGCAAGCUGCUGGAGGGCGAGGAGUACAGGAUGUCUGGAGAAUGCAGUAACAACGUGACUGUGUCCGUGACAAGCAGCACCAUAUCUUCAAGUGUGGCAUCCAGGGCUGGCUUUGGAGGCCAGGGCUCUGGAGGUAGAGGAUUCAGCUCUGGAAGUAGCAGUUACGGCUCUGGAGGCAGAGGGUCUGGUUCCAUAAGUGGUGGUGGAGGAGGAUUCAGCUCUGGAGGUGGCUCUAGAGGAGGCUCCAGCUCUGGAGGAGGAUUCAGCUCUGGYGGUGGCUCUAGAGGAGGCUCCAGCUCUGGAGGAGGAUUCAGCUCUGGCGGUGGCUCUAGAGGAGGCUCCAGCUCUGGAGGAGGAUUCAGCUCUGGCGGUGGCUCUAGAGGAGGCUCCAGCUCUGGAGGAGGAUUCAGCUCUGGCGGUGGCUCUAGAGGAGGCUCCAGCUCUGGAGGAGGAUUCAGCUCUGGMGGUGGCUCUAGAGGAGGCUCUGGCUCUGGAGGUGGAUACAGCUCUGGAGGAGGUUCCCGAGGAGGCUCCGGCUCUGGAGGAGGAUUCAGCUCUGGAGGAGGCUCCAGAGGAGGUUCUAGCUCUGGAGGAGGAUUCAGCUCUGGAGGUGGUUCCAGAGGAGGCUCUGGCUCUGGAGGGGGAGUUUCUGGCUCUGAAAAGGGUGGCUCUGGCUCAGGUGAAGGUUGUGGUUCCAGUGUGACCUUUUCUUUUAGAUAA